CUCAUUUCCCUGUAGUGGUAGGGCUGAGGAGGGUUCAGCAAGCGGGCGAGAGACUGAUGUUUCCUAUCUUGAGGAGAUAGAGAGGGAGUGGAGAGGUCAGGGAGGAGAAACUGACUAUCAGACUGGCUGACUGACAGACUGAGUGUAGGCUGCACCACGAUGUUAUGAGGAGAAAGAGGGAGUGUUAGUUUAAAGUGACACGGACUCCCGGGAAGCUGCUGCAGGUUUUAGUGACACACAUAGGCAGGAGCGUGCAGUCACUCUGACUGGGUCCCACACACAUUGUCGUGCACACAUCCACACAGCCCCUCCGACACCCGCCCCGGGACCAGGAGAAGCAGCAGCUCGAACCCCGCCUUCUGCUUACCCCCACCCUCCUCGGGUUAGGGAGCAGACGGGCGGCUCUGAGGUGCGCACCUUGAGUCAGCCAGCCAGCCAGGUUUUGUCCCAGCCAGGUUGCGGUCCAUCGAAGGGGGAAAUCGGCGAGCAGCCUGAAACACCGGAGACAACAAGCUACAGUCGCCCGCCCUCACCAUGGCUUCGACUACAACGUGUACCAGGUUCACGGACGAAUACCAGCUCUUCGAGGAACUUGGAAAGGGAGCAUUCUCGGUGGUGAGGCGAUGCAUGAAAAUCUCGACAGGACAGGAAUACGCUGCCAAAAUCAUCAACACCAAAAAAUUAUCUGCCAGGGAUCACCAGAAGUUGGAAAGAGAGGCUCGGAUUUGUCGACUUCUAAAGCAUCCCAAUAUUGUUCGGCUCCAUGACAGCAUAUCAGAGGAAGGGUUCCAUUAUCUAGUGUUUGAUCUAGUGACUGGAGGAGAAUUAUUUGAAGAUAUUGUGGCCAGAGAGUACUAUAGUGAAGCCGAUGCCAGUCAUUGCAUUCAGCAGAUCCUGGAGGCUGUGCUACACUGCCAUCAGAUGGGUGUGGUCCAUCGAGACCUGAAGCCAGAGAAUCUGCUCCUAGCUAGUAAAUUGAAGGGAGCAGCUGUGAAAUUGGCAGAUUUUGGUUUGGCAAUUGAAGUCCAAGGAGACCAGCAAGCAUGGUUUGGUUUUGCUGGUACGCCAGGGUACCUCUCUCCUGAAGUAUUAAGGAAAGAUCCAUAUGGAAAGCCAGUGGACAUGUGGGCCUGUGGCGUUAUUCUGUACAUACUGUUGGUUGGUUACCCUCCAUUCUGGGAUGAAGAUCAGCACAGGCUUUACCAGCAGAUCAAGGCUGGCGCUUAUGAUUUUCCAUCACCAGAAUGGGAUACAGUGACUCCAGAAGCUAAGGAUCUUAUCAAUAAAAUGUUAACAAUAAAUCCUGCCAAACGGAUCACUGCCUCAGAAGCCCUGAAGCAUCCAUGGAUUUGUCAACGAUCGACUGUUGCUUCUUGUAUGCAUAGACAGGAGACUGUGGAAUGCCUGAAGAAAUUCAAUGCUCGAAGAAAACUGAAGGGGGCUAUUCUCACAACAAUGCUGGCCACAAGAAACUUCUCGGCAGCAAAGAGUUUGAUGAACAAGAAGACGGAUGGAGUUAAGGAGCCCCAAACUACUGUAAUCCACAAUCCUGCUGAUGGAAAUAAGGAAUCCUCAGAAAGUACCAACACCACCAUUGAAGAUGAGGAUGUGAAAGCACGCAAACAAGAAAUUAUUAAAGUGACAGAGCAACUGAUUGAAGCCAUUAACAAUGGAGAUUUUGAAGCCUACACAAAGAUUUGUGACCCAGGCCUCACUGCAUUUGAACCUGAAGCACUGGGUAACUUGGUUGAAGGAAUGGACUUCCACAGAUUUUACUUUGAAAAUGCUUUGUCUAAGAACCACAAGCCAAUUCACACCAUUAUAUUGAACCCUCACGUCCAUCUGAUUGGUGAUGAUGCAGCCUGCAUAGCAUACAUCCGCCUCACACAAUAUAUCGAUGGCAGUAGCCUGCCAAAAACUAUGCAGACCGAGGAAACCAGAGUCUGGCAUCGCCGUGAUGGGAAGUGGCAAAAUGUUCACUUCCACCGCUCGGGAGCCCCAUCUGUAUCUGUCAAUUAAAAGAGCUGGUGCCACUGCUGGAUUCUCAGCACUCAUUGUGGACUGGAAGAUCACAAUCACAUCCUACGCACUUCCAGUCUAUUUUAAAGCAUGUUUCUGAAUGCAUGAAGCUCUGACGGUGCACUUGUGACAUGUCCUUUACUGUUUAUUCCAUCCGUAAUUUUUUGUUUACACAUCAUGGGAAGAAAUGUUACAAGAAGAUCGAAACCAAAGGAAGGAAAAAUGUUGAAAGUACUUAUUAACCCUUCAUUUAUGCCAGGUUUCUUAACUUGUUAUUAUUGUAAACGUUUAAAUAAAAUUGUAUUUUUUCUGGAUUACAAAUAUUUUAAAAGCUACUGUACCCCCCUUAAUCUGUAUAAGAAAACAUUGUAAGUGGCCCAUUUUCAUUUUCUGAGUAUAGAAAUACUUUUGUAAUAUAUAUAUAGAGGAGGAUGUCCUUAAGGUGGCAGGGCACUGUUCCAUGCAGUUCCAAAACUUGUUUUACAAGCUGGAAUUAUCCAGUCAGGGCUGGCUGUAUCAGCCUAGAAAGCAACAACUACUACAGUAGCUGAACAGCCUUUUUCAUUCUUUUCUUUUUCCCGCUGAAACAUAUGGGAAAAUAUCUUUUUAAAACAAAAAUAAAUUUUGAUGUGCUAGUGCUACUACUAGUCUUUUAUUUGUUGUAUUUCAUAUGUGUCAUCUAGAAUUAAUUUUAAGUUGAUACUUUAUUCAGUUUGGGUGCAAUACAUUUCAGAAAAUCAAGCUUGCUUUCAUUAUAGUGAUGUGAAGAUUGUGAUUUGAGUCAAUGCUUAUUGCUUUGGUGGGAAUAGAGCUUAGAAUUUUGUGAACUAUGUUAAUCUGCUUGCUAGUAGCGAUUCAUAGUAUCCAAUUUAACAAAGAAACACAAGACUUUGGAAUUUAAACACCGAAUAUAGUGGAUCUCUGUGAUGUACAUGCAUCAUUUAUAUAAGAAUUUCCUUGCCUAGGCAGCUGAUCAAACAAACUCAAAUCAUUUUUAACUUGUUAUUUUUCUCUUAUGGACACGGGGAUUGAUGCUUUUGUCAUCCGUGAUAAAUUGAUUAUUGAUACUUGGUGAACUGGAUGAUUUUUGCUUCUGCUUCUGUAUAUUUGUGAGAUGUUCUUGUAAAAGAUUCAAGUUACCAGAUAUGUCCUUUUUCUUUUUGGAGGGAUGAUUCCUUCCUUUAAAAUGCUUGUUUCUUCGCUGUUGUAUACUUAUACUGCAGUGCUGAAUAGUGCAUGGAAUCUCGUUUAGUGUUUUCAGUGAUUGUGGCAGCCAUCAGACUCUCUUUCUGUGGUCAGUUCCUGGCAGAAUUCAUUUAUUUAUAUUGUGUGUUUGUUAGUCACCCAAAAAAUAAUACAGUUAGCUGCUGUUACUGUUAAAUAGAUGGCAAUAAAGUCUACCCAUUACAUGGAUUCAGAAAUUGUGUUUAAAUAAGCAUGUAUAUUUAUGGGCCAUAUUAAUCUGCCAAUAAGAUCUAUGAAAAAUAGAAAUAUCUUGAUUUUUUUUUUGGUGAUUGGCUGUAGUAACAUAAGUGUAUUGAAAUCUAUAUAUGUAAUCUUGAAAUUUUAAUACCACAAAUGGUGUUAAAGUAGUAUUAAAGAUCAAGUCUGUCUUCCAUGCCCAAUUCUGAAGAGCGGUGAUUGGUUUUUCCACCACAAUUGAAAUGAUGCUUAACUUCUGUUAUUCUGCAAAGCUGCUGUUUAUCAUGGGACACAGUGUACAGAGUUCUUGCCAUAAUGGUAAAUGAUUGAUAUAUUAAAACAAAAUAAAUUUGUGAUUAUUUCUCCUGA